UCGAUGCAGGACUGUCGGGGGAUUUACUCCGGCUGCCCCACGGUGCUCUCCUCUCCCAGCUCUGAAGAGCUGACCCAGGAUCAGGGCGACCGGGUCUCCCUGGACGCCGCCGACAGUGGCAGAGGCUCGUGGACGUCGUGCUCGUCCGGUUCCCACGACAACAUCCAGACCAUGCAGCAGGGCCGCAGCUGGGAGACGCUGGCCUUCGGAGGGGGGCUCCCCCCCGAGGCCCUACUCGGGGGACCCGCCGCGUUGUGGGCCGCCCAGGCUCGGGGGAGCUGGGCUUCGGCCAGCUCGUCGUCGUCCUCGGCCGCCUACUGGGGGGAGGACUCUGAGGGGGACACGGGCACCAUCAAGAGGAGGGGCGGCAAGGACGUCAACGCCGACCCGGAGACGAGUAGCAUCACGUCCACCGGGUCAGAGGAGGCCAAGCAGAUCGGCCGGCCGUCGCCAUCGCCCAUCCCCGCUGGCUGCAAAGGUCUGGUCUCCCGGAAAGAGGGGCGCUACCGCGAGCCGCCCCCACCCCGCCCGGCUACACGGCUCUGACCAUCUCCGACCUCGCCGACGGCCAGCACGCGCCCUCGCCGGCCCCCGCGUCCACCUCCGCCAACAACGCCGCCACCACUACGGCGCCGUCGCGCCGGCCGCCCGACUACACCACGGCGCUGCAGCGCUCGCGCAUGGUGA